AAAGCCUCCGUCAGGACUCUCCGCCUGCAUUGCAGUGCUCACCUCCCUCCAGUGUGCUUCAUCAGAGAUUUCAGAGGAAAACAGCGGAGUCAUGCUACUUUUAACGCUACUUUUCGUGUCUACAGCUGUAGCCACCCCACUCCUGGGCACAGAGCAGUGUGCUCGCGGCCCCCCCUACUGGUGCCAGAAUGUGAAGACAGCGUCUCUCUGCGGAGCUGUGACUCACUGCCAGCAGAACGUAUGGAACAAGCCCCAGAUGAAAAGUGUGCCAUGUGAUUUGUGCAAAGAGGUGUUGAUGGUGGUGGAGCAGAUUCUGAAGGACAAUGCUACUGAGUCAGAGGUUCUUGGGUACUUGGAAAAGGCCUGCCAGCUCAUCCCCGAUGAAGGUUUGACUAAAGAGUGCAAGGAGAUGGUGGAUGACUACUACCCUAUCCUUAUAGGAAUCAUCACUGGAGAGCUGGAGGAUCCCUCUGUGGUGUGUGCAGCCAUGGGACUGUGCACCUCUCAGCAGGCAGCCCUGGCUAAGGUCAAGGAGCAGCUCAUGUCCAAUGAAAUCCCCCAAGUUGACCUUUCCCAGCAAGUGGCUCCCUUCCUCCUCAAUGUGCCCCAGCUCCUUUAUCCCCAGGAGAGCCCCAAGCAGGAAGCCCCCAAACAAGAGGCGCCAAAGCAGGAAAGUGAAGAUGUGUGCCAGGACUGCAUCAAGUUCCUGACUGACGCUCAAGCAGAAGCCAAGGCCAACUCCUCAUUUGUCGACUCUCUCAUUGAGAAUGUGGAGAACCAGUGUGACCUGCUGGGACCAGGCUUAUCUGCAAUGUGCAAGCAGUAUGUCGGCCAGUAUGGUGUCCUUGUUGUGCAGCAGCUCAUGUCCAUGCAACCCAAGGAUAUCUGUAUCCAUGCUGGCUUCUGUGAAGAAAUGAAGAAAUCCAUUCCCAUGCUGAAGCUGCUGCCUGCCAUUGCUGUACCUGCCUCCAAGACUGUACCUGCCUCCAAGACUGUACCUGCCUCCAAGACUGUACCUGCCUCCAAGACGGUACCUGCUCUCAAGCUUGUCCCUGCCACCAAGGUAGAGUCUGCUGCUGACAAACAGCCCAUGGUGCGAGUCCGCGAUUCCCCAACCUGUGCCAUCUGUGAGUUUGUGAUGAAACAGUUGGAGGGUAUGUUGGAGGAUCAGACAACAGAGGAGGAGGUGAUUAAAGCCGUGGAGAAGGUGUGCGGACUUCUGCCCUCCUCUCUGUCUGGCCAGUGUAAGGACCUGAUCGAGACCUACGGCCAGGCCAUCAUUGAGCUACUGGUGCAGCAGGCUGACCCCAAGACCGUCUGCACGGUGUUGGCACUUUGCAAUGAUGCCAGCCGCGCAUAUGUCCCUGCACUUGACCAGACUCGCUUCAAGGCUGGUGGCUACUGCGAGGUGUGCAAGAUGGCCGUCACCUACAUCGAUGGUAUUUUGGAGAAGAACGCUACAGAGGCAGAGAUCGAGGAGGCAGUGAGGAAAGUAUGCAGCUUCCUGCCUGACUCUCUUCAGACUCAGUGCGACCAGCUGGUUGAACAGUAUGAGCCAAUGCUUGUCCAGCUUCUGCUCCAGAUGCUCGACCCCGACUUUGUGUGCAUGAAAGUGGGAGCCUGCCCUGAAUCUGUGCAGAGGCUGCUGGGAACAGAGCAGUGCAGCUGGGGACCUGCAUUCUGGUGCAAGAACAUGGAGACAGCAACUCGGUGCAAUGCUGUGGCUCACUGCAAACGCCACGUGUGGGUAUAGAAGAGGAAGAUGAGCACAAACUGACCUGUAGGGAAUUUAAAAAGAAAAAAAAUAUACUGUAGUGCUGCUUCCCACUUUUAAUUUUUGUCCUGUUUUCUUUUUUUUUUAAUAGACAUAAAUGACUGCAAUUCAUGUUUAAAUUAACUUUGAUAUUUUGAAUGAUGUCAUGGUGGAAAGGGACUGGACACUUAUUAUUUUUUUGUUUCUCUGGGAGGGGCAGAGGAGAAUUGAUUACGUGUUUAGCGGCCUGCAGCUCAUUGUGUUUCUGCGUCACUCCAAGCAGAUGUUACUAAGCUUCACUGUAGGACUUUGCAGAUUUGCAUUGUUUGAUUUGUACUUGCCUGUAUUGCUUGGUGGGUGUGGUGUAUGUAGGAACACAAAUUUCACAUGUUUGUAUAAUGUCGACAGAUCAUCAGAUAGCUGCUGCUCUGAUGGUUCUGCAGACCCCCCCCCCCCCCCCAGCUGGAUUUGAUGAUUCUUCCUCACUAUGAGAACUGAGACAGCUCAGUGUAUUAAGAAUGACUGGCAUUACUUUUAGCAGUAUGUCCAAUCCUACAACAAAUUUAUAUUUUGUAGACCGAAAAUGGGUUGAUGUUUUAAGGAGCUGAUACGGAGGAAAUAAGAUGGUCUAUGUGUACCUCCUCACUCACCUCCCAUUGUUUGCACUCUUCCUGUUUGUAAAUCACUGCUUUUCUAACGUACAGAAAGCAUCUCGACUAUGUCUGCUUCAUACCCUGAGCCUAUUGUCAGUUGAUCUGUAAAUUUUUAACAAUUAAAAUGAUCCCAAAUCCA